AUGCCACUCGAAGACGUAACGCGCAAAGUGUCGAAUCGGUUAGAGGUUCCACAACAAGCCAUCGCCACAUACAGACAUUUCAACCUCACUGGACGACUUGGAAGCGGUAGUUUUGGAAUUGUUUACAAAACGCGAGACAGCAAAUGGCGUCCUAUUGCAUUGAAGAUCGUUCUCCUGGAAAAUCUAAAAACGGUGGAAAGAACCAUUGAGCCGAUCCAAUGUGAGACGGAAUGCUGGAGGCGAUGCAACGGUCAUCCAAACAUCGUUCGUCUCUUUGAGUGCAAAAGGUAUCUCUGCACAUUCUACUACAGCAUGGAACGCACCAUUGGGGACGUCCACUUGUUGGCAAAGGCACUCGGCGAUCACAAAAUCAGUGAGGCAAUUGUGAAGAGAAUUGUGGCUCAGGCGUUGAGGGGUGUCCUCUACAUGCAUUCAAGAGGCGUCAUCCAUCGAGACAUCAAGCCCAGCAAUAUGCUUGUCACAAUGGAUGGUCGCAUAGUACACACCGACUUCGGUUGGAGCAAAAUGCUCAAUCUUGGAUCAACAACCAGCACGCGUGGUGGAACGGCCGAAUAUCUUGCGCCGGAAUUCUUUACUCAAACGGACUAUCAUCAUUCAGUUGACCUAUGGGCGCUUGGAACGUGCAUGUACGAAUGGGUCGUCGGCAACAAUUAUCUGGUGACGAAGAUGCGCAGCGACACGCACGGAUAUCAAAAGAAGGUCGAGUUCCUGGAGAAAAACGCCGAACUCUUCCAAGGUUUUGCCCAAUCGCGAGCACUCACUAACUCAUCGGCUUCAUUGUCAGCUCGUUCGGUCAUCAAAUCCUUCCUCAGAUUGGACCCAGCGCAACGCCUUGGCUACAAUCCAGCAGACCCGAUGGCUGAAUAUCCAAAAGUGAUGCGCAAAAGCUUCUUCAGAGAACUAGAAAAUUGCGAUAUUCGACUUCCAACAGAUAUUCUACAGAAAGUCAGCAACGCUUAUAGCUCAAAUCGCCCUGAGAACAUUCUGAAGGACAUGAAGAAGUUGUCCGACUGGAAGAAAGAAACGUUGCCGGUGCAGUGGAAUGACCUUUUUGCGGAUUUCGAAUGGAGUUGCGAUGAUCCGCCGAAGAAUCCGUUUGAACAGAUGGCCGUCGAUUCAAUUGAAGGAAACUCACCAGCGAGUGCCUACAAGACGCCACUUGCGAAGCGAGUAUUGGAGAUCAACUGCCCUCUCAAUGCGCCUUACGUGAAAAGAACGCGUCCCUUCGUCGCA